CAGCUGAGCUAAUAGGCCAGAUGUCAACCAAAUGAAAUAAUUCUUACAACAACGACAACUAAAUAAGGAAUAUAAACAUAUAUUGGGGGAGGAAGUUAGGAAGGAGAUGAAAAAUGGAAGCAGCCAAGGAAGAUUACGAGGUUGAAGCAAAGAAGCAAGCUGCCGCGGAUGUUUUGUUCAAUUAUUCAACGUUUGCGAUGACAUGUAUAGGAAAUCAGGUUCGGCCUUGUGACCUGAGGAUGCAUCUAAUGAAGGAAAUCUCUGGUAUGCCAACCUCUCUCAAAGAGUCGUCACAAAAAUCAGGAUCCCCUGAACCAGGGACUGCAUCAAGCUCAGGCAUGCAGCUUGAUAAAAAUGAGAGUUUUAGAGCAUUAUUGGCUUGAUAUAUGUAACAUGUUAUUUAUCUAUUACAAUCAAAACCCUUGUAAGUCCACAACAAAAUAUUUUUAUGUGAGCAUGUUUAUUUUGGUUUGUUGUUGCUCUGGAAUGGAUGUAAUCUAAUGAUUUUGUAGGAUUAUAACUUUACUUAUUUUUAGAGUAAUUAUAAAUUUCCUUUAGUUGCA